AUGUUAGCAGAGCCUCACUUUAAAAGGCGCCCAGGCAUCUGGAAGAUGCUCAUGGCGGCUGUGUGCGUGGCCCUGCUCAGCGGCUUGCAGGCCCAGGAUCUCCCCGGACAGGUCUCCAUCAUCCUGCUGGGAGCCACCGGGGACCUGGCCAGAAAGUACCUGUGGCAGGGCCUGUUCCAUCUGUACCUGGAGGAGGUGGGGAAGGGCCACCAUUUUCGCUUCCACGGGACCGCUCUGACGAGCACCGAGCAGGGCCAAGAGGUCAUCGCCAAGGUCCUGGAGUCCCUGUCCUGCCCCAGGGACAUGGCCCCGGGUCACUGUGCUGAACUAAAGGCUCAGUUCCAGCAGCUGAGUGAGUACCGCCGGCUGAAGACCCCCGAGGACUACCUGGCCCUGAGCAAGGACAUCGAGGCCCAGGUCGAGCACGAAGGCCUCCGGGAGACUGGCCGAAUUUUCUACCUCUCAGUGCCGCCCUUUGCCUACGUGGACAUCGCCCGCAACAUUAACAGCAGCUGCCGGCCAGGCCCCGGUGCCUGGCUGCGUGUCGUGCUUGAGAAACCCUUUGGCCAUGACCUCCACUCUGCCCAGCAGCUGGCCGCAGAACUGGGGAGCUUUUUCCGGGAAGAGGAGAUGUACCGGGUGGACCAUUACCUGGGCAAGCAGGUAGUGGCCCAGAUCCUGCCUUUCCGAGACCAGAACCGUGCGGCCCUGGACGGCCUCUGGAACCGGCACCACGUGGAGCGGGUGGAGGUCGUCAUGAAGGAGACACUGGACGCGGAAGGCCGCACCAGCUUCUACGAGGAGUACGGCGUCAUCCGCGACGUCCUGCAGAACCACCUGACGGAGGUCCUCACGCUGGUGGCCAUGGAGCUGCCCGUCAACAUCAGCAGCCCAGAGGCCGUGCUGCAGCACAAGCUCCAGGCCUUCCCGGCGCUUCGGGGCCUGCAGAGGCACAGUGCCGUGCUGGGCCAGUACCAGGCCUACAGUGGGCAGGUGCGCAGGGAGCUGCAGAAGCCAGACAGCUUCCACAGCCUGACGCCGACCUUCGCAGGCAUCCUCGUUCACAUAGACAACCUCCGCUGGGAGGGUGUCCCGUUCAUCCUGAUGUCGGGCAAAGUCUUGGAUGAGCGAGUGAGCUACGUGCGGAUCUUGUUCAAGAACCAGGCGUUCUGCGUCCAGAGCGAGAAGCACUGGGUUGCUGCCCAGAGCCGCUGCCUGCCCCGGCAGAUCAUCUUCCACAUCGGCCACGGCGAGCUGGGCAGUCCUGCCGUGCUGGUCAGCAGGAACCUCUUCCGGCCAGCCCUGCCCUCUGCCGGCUGGAAGGAAGUGGAGGGCCGGCCCGGGCUGCGCCUCUUCGGCCUCCCACUCUCCGAUUACUACGCCUACAGCCCUGUGCGGGAGCAGGAUGCCUACUCCGUGCUCAUCUCUCACAUCUUCCACUGCCGGAAGGACUCCUUCGUCACCACGGAGAACCUGCUGGCCUCCUGGGCCUUCUGGACGCCCUUGCUGGACAGCCUGGCCCACGAGGUCCCGCGCCUGUACCCGGGAGGAGCAGAGAACGGACAGCUGUUAGACUUCGAGCUCAGCAGCGGCCACCUGUCCUUCUCCCAGCCGCUGCCGGAGCAGCUGAUGCCAGGGCUGGACUCCGCCCCGCUGCCCAGCGACUUCCAGGUCCUCAGGGCCAAGUACCGAGAGAGCCCGCUGAUCUCGGCCUGGCCUGAGGAGCUGAUCGCCAGGCUGGCGGGCGACAUCGAGGCCGCCGCCGUGCGGGCCGUGCGGCGCUUUGGCGAGUUCCACCUGGCGCUUUCGGGCGGCUCGAGCCCGGUGGCCCUGUUCCAGCAGCUGGCCACAGGGCACUACAGCUUCCCGUGGGCCCACACGCACCUGUGGCUGGUGGACGAGCGCUGCGUGCCACUCUGGGACCCCGAGUCCAACUUCCAGGGCCUGCAGACACACCUGCUGCAGCACGUGCGGGUCCCCCACUACAACGUCCACCCCAUGCCCGUGCACCGGCGUCAGCGGCUCUGCGCCGAGGAGGACCAGGGCACCCAGGCCUAUGCCGAGGAGAUCUCUGCCCUCGUGACCAACAGCAGCUUCGACCUGGUGCUGCUGGGCAUGGGCGCCGAUGGACACACGGCAUCCCUCUUCCCACAGUCGCCCACCGGCCUGGACGGCGAGCAGCUGGUGGUGCUGACCACGAGCCCCUCCAGCCCGCACCGGCGCAUGAGCCUCAGCCUGCCCCUCAUCAACCGCGCCCAGAAGGUGGCCGUGCUGGUCAUGGGCAGGAUGAAGCGUGAGAUCGCUAUGCUGGUCAGCCGCGUGGGCCACGAGCCCAAGAAGUGGCCCAUCUCAGGCGUCCUGCCAGAUUCUGGCCAGCUGGUGUGGUACAUGGAUUACGACGCAUUUCUGGGGUGA